CAUGUAUUUGUCUCGAUUCCUCGAUUAACCACAAUUUCCUAUGGGUGCACUGGGCUAAUGUCUCCGACAUGUUUUUACGGUUAUGGGUUCUGCGCAGCACCUGGUCACAUGGAAGGGACUUAAUCCAACUUACAGGGUAUCCAUGCACCUUCACUCAUUCCAAAAUGCUUGUUGUAAUGGGUGCCCACUUUAUGCAUAUCAUUUUUCCAAUGCUAUUGGGAUCAAGCUCAAUAAGAUCCAGCCCUGGCUUUUAGUCUUGGCUCUCCAUCUUCCCUUCAGAGUUCUGCCACAUCCUAGCGAGCUGAUACACACAUUUACUUGAAGCUUUUAAAAUCGAAUUCUGUAGAACCUGAUCUGUAAGACAAUAUUAGAUAUGUGUCAGCAUAUAUACAAUUUAGAAGUUUGUUAUACAAGAAUCCCUUUACAACUACAGGCUCAGACUCAGGAUAUAUGAAGGAGUCAUAACCUCAGCGAGAUACCACUCACACCCACAAGGAUAGCUAUAAUCGAGAAAUCGGAUAAUAACAAGUGUUGACAAGGAUGUGAAGAAAUUGGAACCCUUAUACACUGCUGGUGGAAAUGUAAAAUGGUGCAGCCAUUUUGGGAAACAGUUUGGCAGUUUCGCAAACAUUUAAACACAGAGUUACCCCAUGAUCCAGCAAUUCCACUCCUAGGUAUGUAGUCAGUAGACAUGAAAACAUCUGUCCAUGCAAAAACCUGUACAACAAUUUUCCUUGCAGCAUCAUUCAUAACAGCCAAAUGAUGAAUGAAUUAACAAAAUGUGGUAUAUCCACACACUAGAAUACUCUCCAGCAAUAAAAAAGAAUGAAGUACAGAUGCAUGAAUGAACCUGAAAAACAUUUAUGCUAAAUGAAAGAAGCCAGACAUAAAAGGCUACAUAAUGUAUGAUUGCAUUUGUAUGAAAUGUCAGGAAGAGCCAAAUUCAUAGGCACAGAAAAGUUGAUCAGUUGCUUGCUAGGGUUGGGCUUAGGACGCGUGGGGGUGAUAACUGAAGAGUACUGGGGGAGCGAAUAACUAAAGGAUAUAGUGUGCCUAUCUGUGACCAUACCAAAAACCACUGAAUGGUACAUUCUAAUGGGUGACUUGCUUGGCAUGUGAGUUCUAACUCAAUAAAAGCUGUUAGAAAAAGAGAAAAAAGUCAUGCGACCGAGUAUUUCAGCUACCAAGAGAUCGAGAGUCCCAAACAUUGUCAUUUCGAGUCCCCGUGGCCAGCAGAGCGGGGUAGUUCACGGGCAAGCAUCCAUUCCCUUGCGUGCAACAUUAAAAACGCAGCGGUGCAGCGGGCGGCGAAGCGGGGAACGUUCGGCGUGUAGAGACAGACCGCAGGUUGGCCCCGGUCCUUCCCGGGUCCCCGGGGGCCGGAAUGUCGGGCGCCUCGGGUCAGCGCGCGCCCCUCCUCCGGCCUGAGUCACGGCGCCGCCGGAGUCCCCACGCGAUCAUGCUCCGCUGAGCGCGGCCCGGACGCCGGGGGCCCUGGGGCGCAGCGUCGGGCGGUCGGGCUGUGGGGCUCCCAGCGCCGCCACUGCUCGCGAAGCCAGGCCCCGGGCGUGCUCCUCGCAGGCCGGCUCGCCGGGCCCGCCUCCCAGCCGCGUCCCUGACCCCUCGCGGACGACACAGCGGCGCCCGAGCCGUGCGUCCCCGCGCGCCCGCGCCCUGCCCUCCCUCCAUGGCGUUUAUCCGGAAGAAGCGGCGGGAGCAGCAGCUGCAGCUCUACUCCAAGGAGAGAUUUUCCUUGCUCCUACUUAACUUGGAGGAAUACUACUUUGAACAACACACAGCUAAUCAUAUUCAGAACAAGGGCGAUCAGAAUGAAAGGAAAAUCAGAGGCUCCUUAAAAAUAUGUUCAAAGUCAGUUAUUUUUGAACCAGAUGCAAUAUCCCAACCCAUAAUUAAGAUUCCUUUGAGAGAUUGUAUAAAAAUAGGCAAACAUGGAGAAAAUGGAUCCAAUAGACACUUUGCAAAGGCAAAAUCUGGGGAGAUUUCACUCAUUUUCAGUCAGGUAUAUUUCAUUAAAGAACACAACAUUGUUGCCCCAUAUAAAAUUGAAAGGGGCAAAAUGGAGUAUGUCUUUGAAUUGGAUGUUUCAGGGAAAGUGGAAGAUGUUGUGGAGACCUUGCUUCAGCUUCACAGAGCGUCCCGCCUUGACAAACUAGGGGACCAAACUGCUAUGAUAACAGCUAUUUUGCAGUCACGUUUGGCUAGGACGUCAUUUGACAAAAACAGAUUCCAGAGUGUUUCUGAAAAGCUGCACAUGGAAUGCAAAGCAGAAAUGGUGACUCCGCUGGUGACGAAUCCUGGACACGUGUGCAUCACCGACACAAACCUGUAUUUUCAGCCUCUCAAUGGGUACCCGAAACCUGUGGUCCAGAUAACACUCCAAGAUGUCCGCCGCAUUUACAAAAGGAGGCACGGCCUCAUGCCUUUGGGCUUGGAAGUGUUUUGCACAGAAGACGACCUCUGUUCUGACAUCUACCUAAAGUUCUAUGAACCUCAAGAUAGAGAUGACCUCUAUUUUUAUAUUGCCACAUAUCUAGAUUACAACAAAAAACUCAACUUUCAUGAGCACCAUGCGGCGGAGCGCACAGCGGAGAGCUACAUGCUGCAGUGGCAGCGCGGGCACCUGUCCAACUACCAGUACCUCCUGCACCUCAACAACCUGGCGGACCGCAGCUGCAACGACCUCUCUCAGUACCCCGUGUUCCCGUGGGUCAUCGGCGACUACUGCAGUGCCGAACUGGAUUUGUCAAAUCCAGGAAUAUUCCGGGAUCUUAGCAGGCCAGUAGGGGCUCUAAACAAGGAACGGCUGGAGAGACUCCUGACCCGCUACCAGGAAAUGCCAGAGCCAAAGUUCAUGUACGGCAGUCACUACUCUUCCCCUGGCUACGUGCUCUUUUAUCUUGUGAGGAUCGCGCCCGAGUACAUGCUGUGUCUGCAGAAUGGAAGAUUUGAUAACGCAGAUAGAAUGUUCAACAGUAUCGCAGAAACUUGGAAAAACUGUUUGGAUGGCGCAACUGAUUUUAAAGAGUUGAUUCCAGAAUUCUAUGGUGAUGAUGUCAGCUUUUUAGUCAAUAGUCUGAAGUUGGAUCUGGGAAAGAGACAAGGUGGACAGAUGGUUGAUGAUGUGGAACUCCCACCCUGGGCACGGAGUCCCGAGGACUUUCUCCAGAAGAGCAAAGACGCAUUGGAAAGCAAUUAUGUGUCAGAGCACCUUCAUGAGUGGAUCGAUCUCAUAUUCGGCUAUAAGCAAAAAGGGAGUGAUGCCGUUGGGGCCCAUAACGUAUUUCAUCCCCUGACCUAUGAAGGAGGCGUAGACUUGAACAGCAUCGAGGACCCUGACGAGAAAGUAGCCAUGCUGACCCAAAUCUUGGAGUUUGGCCAGACGCCAAAACAGCUCUUUGUGACACCACAUCCUCGACGGAUCACCCCGAAGUUUAAGAAUUUCUCCCAAACCUGCAGUCAUAAUGCUCCCAUGGCAGAUUCUCCAGUCUCUCCAGGUGAAGAGUCUUUUGAAGACCUGACUGAAGAAAGCAAAAGCCUGGCUUGGAAUAACAUCACCAAACUGCAGUUACAUGAGCAAUAUAAAAUCCACAAAGAGGCAGUUACUGGAAUAGCCGUCUCUUGCAACGGGUCUUCCGUCUUUACAACCUCACAAGAUUCCACCUUGAAGAUGUUCUCCAAGGAAUCCAAAAUGCUACAAAGAAGUAUAUCGUUUUCAAAUAUGGCUUUGUCAUCUUGUUUACUUUUGCCAGGCGAUGCCACUGUCAUAAGUUCUUCAUGGGAUAAUAAUGUCUAUUUUUACUCCAUAGCAUUUGCAAGGCGCCAGGACACGUUAAUGGGCCACGACGACGCCGUCAGUAAGAUCUGUUGGCGUGACAACCGACUGUAUUCCGCGUCGUGGGACUCCACGGUGAAGGUGUGGUCCGGUGUUGCUGCAGAAAUGACAUGCACCAGAAGACAGCGGUUUGACAUGCUCGCUGAGCUGGAACACGAUGUCAGUGUAGAUACAAUUAGUUUAAAUGCUGCAAGUACACUGUUGGUUUCAGGCACCAAAGAAGGCACAGUGACUAUUUGGGACCUCACUACAGCCACUGUAUUGCACCAGAUCCCAUGCCAUUCAGGGACCGUAUGUGAUACUGCUUUUAGCCCAGACAGUCGUCACGUCCUCAGCGCGGGGGAAGAUGGCUGUCUAAACGUCAUAGAUGUGCAGACAGGAAUGCUCAUCUCUUCUAUGACUUCAGACGAGCCCCAGAGAUGCUUUAUCUGGGAUGGAAAUUCUGUUUUAUCUGGAAGUCAGUCUGGUGAGCUGCUCGUUUGGGACCUGCUCGGAGGGAAAAUCAGUGAGAGAAUACAGGGCCAUACAGGUGCUGUAACAUGUAUAUGGAUGAAUGAACAGUGUAGCAGUAUCAUCACGGGAGGGGAAGACAGACAAAUUAUGUUCUGGAAAUUGCAGUAUUAAGUGCCUUUUCCUCUCUUGAAUGUUAAAUUGAACUCAGUGUAUUUUUAAACCAGACUUUUAAAUGAACUGGUGAAUGUGCAAUGAUAGUAAUGAGAAGUUUUACCAUGAGACAUUUGUGGUUUUAAACUUCCUAAAUCAUGGCGACUUCAUUGAAAGCCAUUAGUUGCCGUCCUCUAAGGCAUACAAAGAUAUGGCAGCGUUAGGGAAAAAACAUUACAUUUGUAAGGCAGAUGGUCAUCCCAGUAUGCUGAUGGUCAGAAGGCAGGUUCGGGUGGCAAAGUAGGUAAGAGAUACUAAACUGAGAUGGGAAAACUUUUAGAAAACAUUGAACAAUUUUGAAUUUUCCAAGAAAACGUGCAGUAUUCUCUACUACUUCUGAGUCACUCUAUUUUGUCUUGCUAACCUACAGAAAUGUUGCCCAUUGGGUUUGGGGGUAUGUGUUUUCUUGGAGUGGUUACUUUGUAUAACCUACUGUCCUCAGAUUCUAAGAACCUGGGGAAGAUUAGCAAUUCUUGUAACAGUAAGUUUACUGUGUAUAGGAACAGUUUAUUUCAUUAUAGCUAUCAAAUGCUCAUCUUUUCUACAUUAAAAAUAUUUUUCUGUAAUGAAAGCAGUUUUCAUUUUAUUUAAAUGAUUACCAAGACUAGUACCUUUUAAGAACUUCAACUAUUGAUCCUUUUAGAAAACCACACUUAGUGAUGUGAAUCUCAUUCAUUCUUCCAUUUUUGGAACCAUCCUUAGACCCAAAUGUAGGUAACAAGGUAGGUAAAACCGGGAAACGUUGUUCGGUUUGCUUUUCCAAAUUUCAACAAGGUAAGCUGUAAAGCCACACUACUGACUUCCUUUUAUAUUAUGACAAUGUUUUUAAAGACUGGGGGGGGGGUGUGUUUAUCUUGUAGGCUGUAUGACAUGGGGUAAAAACAACCCAGGGUAACAGUUUUCAAAGUCAGUUUUAAGCAACUUGUUCUCAGGUGUUGCAGGGAGCAUCCGUGGCCUCCAUUUGAGUUCCUGUUGCUCAUCCUGAAGUGUGCAGGGCAGAUGGGCCAUCUGCGGUUCACAGGUGGAAGCACUCUUCCUGACAUGCCUACUCUCUCGGC